ACAUGCCCGAGAGUUCCUGUACUAGUAUUUAGUAUAUCCGUAUGGAAACAAAGACGUAGCUCGUUUGCGUUCCACCCUACACUCUGUGUCCACGCUAGUACAACAUCUCGGCUUUUGCACCGGUGAGAAUGCCGUGGUGCAGACCUGAAGGUACAGACAAGCUUGUUCGGGAGUUCCUUAGAACUGGAUCCACAGUCAGCAAUAAGGAACAAACCUUCUGCACACAGAACUGCUCCAGGAACAAGAUGAUGAAAAAUUGGGCGGUAAUUGGCGGCAUAGCGGCUGCCGUGGCGGCCGGUGUUUAUGUCCUGUGGGGUCCUAUUACAGAGAGGAAGAAGCGAAAAAAAGGCAUGGUGCCCGGCCUGUUGAAUUUGGGCAACACCUGCUUCAUGAACUCCUUGCUCCAGGGCUUGGCGGCGUGUCCUUCCUUCAUCGAGUGGCUGGACGAGUUCUCGGGCCAGAGGGGCGCGAGUCACGGCCAUGACGACCAGGAGAGGGACCCCAAACUGUCCAGAACUCUUCUGCAGCUGCUCAGGGCUCUGUCCAGCCAUGACCCUGGAGAGGAGGAUGUCCUUGACGCAGGGUGCCUCUUGGAUGUCCUCAGGCUUCGCAGGUGGCAGAUCAGCUCUUUUGAGGAGCAGGAUGCCCACGAACUCUUUCAUGUCCUCACGUCGUCCUUAGAAGAGGAGCGGGAUCGUUUGCCCAGAGUCACCCACCUGUUCGACAUGCAGUCCCUGGAGAGUCCCCCAGAGUCCGGCGAGAAGAACUUGAGCUGUAGAAGUCGAGGCCCUCUUCACCCUAUCACUAGCACAUGGAAGUCCCAGCAUCCUUUCCACGGACGACUGACAAGUAACAUGAUAUGCAAGCGCUGUGAACAGCAGAGUCCAGUGCGGUACGAUUCCUUUGACAGUCUUUCACUAUCCAUCCCGUCUGCACCAUGGGGCCGGCCUGUUACUCUGGACCACUGUCUCCAGCAUUUCAUUUCCUCUGAGACCAUCAAGGAAGUGGAGUGUGAGAACUGUACGAAGAUCCAGGCGGCGGGUGCAUUGAAUGGGGAGUUCAUACCAAGCCAGAGGACGACCUUCAUUAAACAGCUUAAACUGGGCAAGCUUCCCCAGUGCCUGUGCAUACACCUGCAGAGACUGACGUGGUCGAGCGAGGGGACCCCCAUUAAGAGGCAGGAGCACGUGCAGUUCACAGAGUACCUGUCCCUGGACUACUACAAGCACCGCCUGUCCAGCCGGGGGUCCCAGGAGUUCAGCGGGGUGCCCAAACCUGCCAGAGCUGAGGCUCAUGGGAAGACCCCUCCCAACGGCGCAGGCGCAGAACACUGCAGCAACAACAACAAGCCGCUGUCGAACGGAGCCUGCCCGUCCGUCCUCUUCCACACACCUGUGCUGGGCCUUCAGGUCUCCUCAGCCCACGACCACAGCUCCUCCACCUAUCUCUUCCGGCUUACCGCCAUCCUGGUGCACCACGGCGACAUGCACUCCGGACACUUCGUCACGUACCGCCGCUCCCCGGCCCCGCCGCGAGGCCCCUCCCCCUUCAGCGCCCAGUGGCUGUGGGUGUCGGACGACGCGGUGCGCCGCGCCAGCCUGCAGGAGGCGCUGUCGUCCAACGCCUACCUGCUCUUCUACGAGAGGGUACGGCGGCCCAGCUUCAGGCUGGAGGAGUGAAGGGGCGGGGUUAACGAUGGGCCCCGCCCCCCAAACCCUGCCUCACCUUCUGCCUGCGUACGUGCCACACAGACUGUCCUCGAGACUCCUCCCACCAAGGUGUAGUGCUCCAAUCAAAUCAUUGCCCCUUUUAUGGCUUUCCAUUGACCUCCAAAGAGGGGGAGGAGCCCAAACGGAAAAAAAUGUCCUUUUAUGGUCGUCAUAGGGCCACUGACUCGCUCACUUCCUCCUUUUAUUUGCUCCCAACCCCCCCCCAUCUGAACUCCCUAUGAGACAGAGUCUGUCAGUGAAUCGGCCUGUGCUGUCAGGGGUCAGGGGUCAAAGGUCAGAUAAAGCUGUGAAGAGUAGCAUAAGGCAUCACGGUGUGGCCGGAGCAGAGUGAUGGAACCUACAGAAGCCACUGCGGAGCCAAAAUGGGGCCCCGUCCCCAAAAUGGCUGCCCAUCAUCAAUAAAGUCCGGCUUCGGAAGAGCUGGACAGGUGUUGUACAUUGCUCGGAUGCACCUGUUCGUUCUUCUGAAUCACGGACUCCGAAAAACGACUAAAUGUUCAAAUGGAGCAGGUGAGUGGAACAAAAGUACCUCGUUCUUGUCCGAGAUGGAAAAUGCCUCAUUUUACGUGUUUCUCAGUUGGGAUACCUGUCUAAUGCAUAAAAACCUUUCUUUAUGCUCCUGUGGAAGAGGGUCAUUGGUGGUUCAGGUACUAUGUUACACGGUCUGAAUUGCUGUGAAAUGAAACUUAUUUGGAUCUAUAUAAAUUAGAUAUCAGUAUCGACUUGGUUUUGAAAGAUUAGUCCAAAUAAUUAUACAUGAUUUCCUCUCUGAAUUGAUCACUACAUCAGGUACACUAGUAUUAAUUUUUUCUCGAAAGAGCAGGAAUAAUGUACUGCACUCAAGCACACGACUGCUAAGUGUGUCACUCGAUUGCAAAGGGGGAGGGUUCUUCGCCAUGAAUUUCACAUGGCUGAGUCACGACAGAUAUUACCCAUAAUGCUUGGCCACAGUUACACGGAGGCCUCGAGAAAUGAAGGUUUCGCUGUGAUCGUGUCCGAGGAGGAGGCCAGAGCCUUUCAAACAGACCGAAAAAAAAAUUCCUCUUUGCCUCUAGUGGUGUGUCUGCGGGAUAAUGUUUAUCUCUGCCUGGUGAACAAGUGUCGUGAUUCCUCCAUGAUUGUAGUUCACGCUGUACAGGAAGUGAUCGACUCCUCUUCCUGUGAGCCUGCCUGUCCUUCCCGUGCACCUCAGCUGCCUGUGCUGUUUGUGUGUGGUAAAACUGUCGUCAUCGUUGCGUUUUCAACGGAAAGAUAAUCAUUUCACCGUUCAAAGAGAAUGUGAUUGCAUCCGGAAUACCUUGUGUGACCAGUCUGAAGCCAGUCCUUGAUGAAAAUCUUUAAAAAAUAAAAAAAAUAAAAAAUUUUAUUCGUUCAGUCCCAGGUGAUUGAAGUGUAGUCAAAUUUUGCCAAAUUUGCGUGAAGUUGAUCUAGCAUAGAAUGAACAUCAAGUCCCUUGCUGAUCAGUGUUUUUUCCACAGUAUUUAACGCACUACUUACUGAAGGUAGAAAUACUGCCCACUGUUUUCAUCCUUUCAGUAUUAUCCUAAAACAAGAGAAAUUCUCCUGCAUAUAACUGUCUAGCAAGCCAAUUGCACUACUGUGUUUUUAAUAUAUAUAUAUAUAUUUUGUGUGAUCUGUCACAAUGGCAGGUGUAUUUUGACUGUUUUCAUAGAUGAAAAUGAUGAAAAUAAAGUUAUUAAUAAAAGUACAAAAGCA